UAUUAUUUCAAAUAUGUUGCUUUUGUAGCUGAAUUUGGCAGAAGAAGGGGUUUUUUCUUUCACGGAGAAUAUAAAUGGAAUACAGAAUCAGACACCACUCAAAUCGACAAAAAAGGUAGGAAUUUGAGGUGUAAAAACAUAAUCUUUUUUGUGAAUUGGAUUGGAUAACAAAAGCAAGGAAAUGGGAAAGAAAAAAUCACUGAGGAGCAAAGCUGUUCACUUCGUAGCUGAUCUCACCACUGGCCUUCUUAACCCCAUCUCUGAUAAAACCUCCACGCCUUCCCAUCCUCCUCAUGAAAAUGUGAGUGUCUCAAAAACAAGUCAAUCAGAGACUGGGUCAAUCAGCAAGGAGGAUGAUCAUGAUCUAAUUGAUGGCCCUGAUACCUCUUCAUUUACUGCAUUCCUGUAUUCACUCUUGUCUUCUUCGGAAUCAGGUCACAAUUUGAAUCAGGAUGAGCAAAAUGAUAAUCAAGAGGAAGCUGGUGAUUCAUCAGACAACAAAAUGAAAGAGAAUGGUAGAAGGAAAAGCUUGCUUGCUAGGGGUAAGCAAUCGCUUAGAACUCUUUACCAUGCUACUAGGAUCAUUGGAAACAAAAAUCAAGACAAGGGUGACGAUUCUGAUGUCAAAAGUGACAAUGAGGCCAAGUUUGAUGGGCUCGAGAUGAGACAUAUCCAAAAUGUUAAGGAGCCUUUGGCUCUGGGAGAUCUUCCUGAAACUUCUGAACCAUCAUUGCUUCUUACAGAGAAGACAAGAAAUGCUCUUUAUGAAUCACUUCCUGCUAUUGUUCAUGGGAGAAAGUGGUUAUUGCUCUACAGUACAUGGAGGCAUGGUAUAUCACUGUCAACAUUGUACCGGAGAAGCAUGCUCUGGCCUGGCCUCAGUUUGCUGGUUGUUGGAGAUCGUAAAGGUGCAGUGUUUGGUAGUCUGGUUGAAGCACCCCUAAAACCAACUAAUAAGAAAUAUCAGGGAACAAACAGUACCUUUGUUUUCACCAAUCGACCUGGUGACACAGUUAUAUUUCGUCCCACAGGUGCAAAUCGAUAUUUCACUCUGUGUUCCACUGAAUUUCUGGCUGUUGGUGGUGGUGGCCAUUUUGCACUCUAUCUGGAUAGUGAUCUAUUGAAUGGAUCUAGCUCAUACUCGGAAACAUAUGGAAACCCCUGUCUUGCGUUCUCUGAAGAUUUUGAAGUGAAGGAGAUUGAGUUGUGGGGCUUUGUAUAUGGAUCAAAAUACGAGGAAAUACUUGCUUCAAGUAAAACAGAGAUGCCUGGAAUUUGCCGAUGGUAAGAGCACGAGGCUAUUUUAUUUCUGCCUGCAAUCAUCAACUAGCGGAUGGUUUUGACCAUUUGUUACAAUAACCUUUUCACGUGUGUCGACAUAGACAACAACUGGAACUAGAAUCUUUCAGUGUAAAUGUCUUUACUGUUUACUUAUGCCUGUACAUACAUCUGGCAUCAAGCUGAAUAGUGGCUGAAUGUUACUGACAAUAUAUGGAAAAGACAUGUUUCAGCGAAAUUUGCGGGUCACUUUAUUA